AUGCCAAAUUUGGGUCAGCCUUCUAUGUCAACUGUGAAUCAACCCCAACCAGUAGAGUAUCCUAACAUACCAACCACAUCUGCAUCACCCGAGAACCCUGUAGGGCAUCCAGCUUGUCCAACCAAUCAAUCAUGUAGCACAAGUAAAAUUGCCAAAAUUAAUCCUUAAAAGGUUUUCUGGGGAUCCUAGUCGAUGGAACCUAUUCUGGGAUAUAUUUGAAGCCUCUAUCCACAACAAUCCCUCCUUAGCACCAAUUGAUAAAUUAAAUUAUCUCAAGUCUUUCAUGGACAGAGCUGCUGCUGAAUCCAUUGCUGGAUUGUCCCUAACUAAUGCUAAUUAUGAAGAGGCAAUUGUUAUUUUGAAAUCAAGGUUUGGGAAUAAACAGCAAAUUAUAAAUAGACAUAUGGAUAUUCUGUUAAAUCUUCCAUCAGUUAAUUCUGAAAACAACCUGAAGGGUUUGUGCCAACUUCAUGAUACGGUGCAAUCACACAUCAGAAGCUAGAAAUCUAUGGGAGUAGCCCCUGAAUCUUAUGGUAGCAUUCUUUCUUCAAUGUUAAUGUCCAAGCUACCAACAAAUUUACAGCUGGUUGUUAGCAGAGUGGGUUAAGGAAAACGAAUGGAAUUUGGACAAAUUAUUAAAUACCUUGCAGCAAGAGUUAGAAGCCAGGGAGAGAAUUAAGGUACCUGCAACCAACAAGGAUUUUAAGAAAUAUCACGGUUCAGCCUCAGCACUGAUGGCCGGUAAUAAUCCAAGUUGUACAAACUGCAGGGGUCCCACCCAUCAAAGGACUGUACAACUGUGACUAGACCUGCUGCUCGUCAAGAUAUUUACGGAAGAUGGGGAGAUGUUUUGUGUGCCUAAGAAAGGAUCAUAUCAGUCCAACAACACGGUGCUGCAAGGGGCGACAUCAUGUUAGCAUAUGUAAGGGUAAGAAGCCACCUCCUAGGGACCCUCCUGAGGAACAUGAGCAAAGUGGAUCCAACAAGCCAAAGGAAAAGCCUAGUUUGGGAACCCAUCCUGACGCAACCAUCUGUCGCACAACCCUCAUUGAACUGUGUCCUUCUCCAACCAAAUAUAUAACCCAGAUAAUCCUAAUGGUCCCAAGGUCAAAGUGAGUGAAACUAAUCCUGGAUGGUGGCAGUCAGUGCUCGUACAUCAGCAGUACACUGACAGGAACUCUCGGUCUGCAGUCAAAGGGUCAAAGGUCGGUAAACAUUAAAACAUUUGGCUCUAACAAGACCAAUGCUCAAGUUAUUGAUGUGGUGAAUCUUGGAAUAGAAACUGCCUAUGGAGCAAACAUUGAAAUGUUAGCAUUUACUGUGCCAUUAAUUGGUCAGCCAUUAAAGAACCAAUUCAUGUCAAAUGCUAGCAAGACCUACCCUCAUCUCACCAACCUCCGCCUAGCUGAUUACUCAUCUGGUCAACACGAUGCGAAAGUGGAUAUCCUGAUCGGUUCAGAUCAUUACCGGAAGAUCAUGACUGGGAAAACCAGACAAGGAGAUAGUGGUCCGACUGCCAUUCAAACAAGGCUGGGUUGGGUUCUCUCUGGACCUGUUGGAAACGAAUUGCAGAAAUUAACCCAUACCAGCAAUCUUGCUACAAUCCACACCCUCAAAUGUGCCUCCGAAGAAGCUGAGUGUAAGAAUGAUGUCCUUGUACAAGAACUGAAGAGAUUUUGGGACUUAGAAACUCUUGGUAUUCAACCACAGUGUGUGUACGAAGAAUUCCUAGAAAGCAUUAAGCAUGAAAAUAAUCAUUAUGUGGUGAAUUUGCCAUGGACACCUGAUCAUGCUCAACUGCCUGAUAACUAUGAUCUUAGCAAGAAAUGUCUAUUAAGGUUGCUGAAGCGACUGCAUAAUGAGUCAGAAGUCCUUAAGGAAUAUGACAAUGAUAAGAGAUCAGCUUAACAAAGGAAUCGUGGAGUCUGUGCCCGAACCAAAUGAAGGAGCCAAGAGAGUGCACUAUUUACGUCAUAACGCAGUUAUCCGGCAGGAUAAAGCAACAACAAAAUUGCGAGUAGUGUAUGAUGCCUUGGCGAAGUCAAGAGGACCUUCGCUUAAUGACUGUCUGUGUAGCGGUCCCUCGCUGACUCAGAACAUUGCUGACAUCAUGCCAAGGUUCCGUGCAUACAAGGUGGCCUUAACGGGAGAUAUCGAGACGGCCUUUCUCAUGAUUCGUGUAGCAGUCUGAUAGAGAUGCAUUGAGAUUUCUGUGGAUCGAUGAUAUACACAGCCCAAACCCUAAGAUUAUCCCACUUCGAUUCACCAGAGUAGUGUUUGGCAUAUCCUCCAGUCCUUUUCUACUACAUGCCACAGUCAAACACCACAUCGAGAAAUACCGGGAGGAUGACCCUAGUUUCGUGGAAGCUGUUCUGAAUUAUGUUCUGAUCUAUGUGGAUGAUCUUAUUUCCAGAGGUGAAAAUGUGCACAAUGCAUUCAAACUCUAUGAAGAUUCAAGGAGCUGAUUGGCAAAGGCUAACUUCAACUUGUGAAAGAUUACCACGAACUCUAAAGAACUACAAGAGCGGAUAUGUCAAACCAACCAACUAGUGACAGUGAACAAUGCACCUGACGGAAGCAACAUGGCCAGAGCUGAUAGCAACAAGUCCCAGCAGUUGGUUGAGGAGGAGCAGUCAUCUUACACCGGAGGUACGUUGGGUCCUCCCCCUCCAGCAAGCGAUGACAAGCGGAAAAUUCUCAGAACCUUAUGGGAUUCUUACGAGGACAAUCUUAUUAUUGAUAUCAAGGAUGUUGCAGAUUUGGCGCAGAUGGUUCAAGCUAUGAAGAGAAAUGUGAUCAGUAUUUCUUUCAAGAUUUAUGAUCCUAUGGGUUUUAUAUCCCCAUUGACAAUCAAUUUCAAGCUGUUGCUUCAAGAACUUUGUCUGGCAAAGGGUGACUGGGACCAUCCACUUGAAGGAACACUGAAAUGCAACUGGCAGAAAUUAGUUGAUAACCUAAAGGAGGUCCAACCUCUUGUUAUUCCAAGAUGCUAUAUUUUUGACAUACACAAGCAAGUUAUAUCCUACGAGCUUCACAGGUUUUGCGAUGCAUCUAUCAAAGCAUAUGCAGCCGUAGUAUACCUCAGAAUCAUCACACCAAAUGUCUCUUAUGUCCGGUUGGUGAUAUUGAAGGCAAGAGUGGCACCCUUAACUAAACAAACGAUUCCAAGGUUGGAGUUACUGUCAGCACUUGUGCUUGCCAGAUUAAUGAACAUUACUCAGAAAGCCCUGAAGUCUGUGAUUGAAAUCUCGAAGGUGCAAUGCUGGAUGGAUUCUAAGGUUGCAUUAUAUUGGAUUAUGUAGCAAGAGAAGAAAUGGAAACAAUAUGUACAGGGUCAAGUGGAAGAGAUUAGAGUGCUGGUUCCUGUAGAGUAUUGUAGUCACUGCCCAGGUGCAGAAAACCCUGCAGACAUUCUGUCUUAUCCUGCCUACUCAACUAGCAUCAACACCCAAAAUGGUUGUCCGCCACAGAGCCCUGCUAAAGAGAACAUUGAUGACGAUGUUGUACCUGAAGAGUGUCGAAUUGAGAUGAAAGUCAAGGACCAGAGAGCUUUAGACAAGGAUACACUUUCAACGAUGAUAGUGCAUGGAUUGAAAGAUUCCAUAAGCAAUGUUAUUAACUGUAAGGACUACAGUAGCCUGGGUCAUUUGCUAAGAGUAACGGCUGUUGUCUUGAAGUUCAUCAAACUGCUAAAAUCGAGAGUUAAACUGGAAGAUCCUCCAACAAACUCGGAAGUUACAAGCACCGACAUCGAAUUAGCUUGA